AUGAGCGAAGAUGAGCCAUUCCGGCCAGAGGACCGGCGCGGGUCGCUCGUCGAUAGCGUCAAGGGCAUCGCCAUCAGCAUCACCCCGCGCUUUCUUUCGCCUUCGAGCCUCCGCCACACCCGACAGCGUCGAUCAUCUAUCUACAUCGCUCUCUUAGCCCUGCUGCUCAUCGCCAUCGCCGGCCACAGCCUCUACGGUGACAGUCUCUACCACUCUCGCAUUGUCGAUGACUCGAUGUCGAGCCCCAUGACGACGAGCCGAACAGCGAAGCAGAACGAGCAGCUUGAGAGCCAGAAUUUGAAUCAGAACCAUAACGAGAGUCAGAAGCAGAAGCAAGAGCAGCAGCAGAAGCAGAAGCAGAAUGACAAGGCGACGCAGAAGGGAAAGGAGACGCAGGAGCAAGAGCAGAAGCAGAAGCAGAAGCAGAAAGUGAAGGGGCAGGACAAGGAAAAUGGAAAGGUGAAGCAGACGCCAGACAAAAAUCAGAAGCCGGGUGAGAAGCAGGCGCAGGAUCAGAAGCAGGGCCAGAAGCAGAAGCAGACGCAGGCCCAGGCGCAGGGCCAGAAACAGGACCAGAAGCAGGCCCAGCAGCAGAAGCAGGGUCAGAAACAGGACCAGAAGCAGUCCCAGCAGCAGAAGCAGGGUCAGAAGCAGGGCCAGAAGCAGGGUCAGCAGCAGGGUCAGCAGCAGGGCCAGAAGCAGGGCCAGAAGCAGGGCCAGAAGCAGGCUCAGAAGCAGGAUCAGCAGGCGGAGGAGCAGGGACCAGAGCAUAAGCAGGAGCAAAAGCAGAAACAGGCGCAGAAGCAGCAGCCGAAGCCGAAGCCGGAGAAGCAGCAGAAACAGAAGCCGGAGAAGGAAGGGGAACAGCAGCUGGAGCAGCAGCAGAAGCCGGAGCAGCAGAGGGUGCAGGGACAGGAGCAGGAACAGGAGCAGAAGCAGAAGCAAAAGCAGAAGCAGGAAGAGAAGCAGACACAGAAGCAGAAGCAGACGCAAAAGCAGAAACAGACCGACAGCAAGAAGGGCACCUCGGACGUGGCCACCUUUGACUCAUUGCUCCCACACAAAAUAUGGCAACUCUUCUUCAAAUUCCCCGCCGAUGAAUUCGAACUGGCCGACACGCCAUCCUGGAUUGCCAAAAACCCGGAUUACGAAUAUAUGCUGAUGGGACUGAACGGGGCCGAUAUGUUUAUGCGCGAGCAUUUCUUGCAGAAUACUUCCCUCGUCGCCAUGAUCCAUCAUCUCCAGAACACGGGCAUGAAGGCCGACCUGCUUCGAUAUCUGCUCCUCUGGGUCAAGGGGGGCACUUACACCGACAUCGACACAUACGCCAUCCGACCCAUCAACCGCUGGGUUCCCGAGGAGUACCAGGAAGGCACCCGCGUCGUCAUCGGCAUCGAGUUCGACCGGCUUGGCGAUUCCAACUGGGCCGAGAGCCACGAAGAAAUUCAGUUCUGCCAAUGGACCAUCGCCGCCGUGCCGGGACACCCAGUCUUCCUCGACAUGAUCCAAUGGUCCGUCGCGGCCAUUGAAGAAUUCGCCAAGACCAAGGGAGUCUCGUACGCGGACCUUGAUCCCACACAGUACGACGUCAUCGAGCUCACUGGUCCGGUUCCGUGGACCGACGCCGUCUUUCGCCAGCUGCAACGGCUAGACCCGGACAUCACGUCGCUGACGAAUCUCAGCGGCCUCAUCAAACCGCGCCUCGUCGGCGACAUCUUGAUUAUGCCGAUUAACGCUUUCGGCAUGGGUCAGAUGCAUUCCGGCAGCAGGAAUGACGGCCGAAUACCGGACGACGCCUUGGCCCAGCAUCGAUUCCACGGGUCCUGGAGGCCACCCGUCGGAGGCUUUCCGGAGGACGAAGACUCGUCGUGA